AUGUAUAUUGCCAGUGUUGAUUGCUUCCGCACAUGCCUGACAGAUGAAGAAAUCGACCUGGCUUUCCAGCAGUCGGGCACGAGCGCGGACGAGCCUCAGUCCCCAGCUCCUUCCACGCACCCGGUGCCAGCUCAGCCUCCUCACCCCGUGGUGUAUAGUCCCCCUGGCUCCAGAUGGCGAGAUUACGGGGCUUUGGCCAUCAUCAUGGCAGGAAUUGCCUUUGGAUUCCACCAGCUCUACAAGAAAUACCUGGUCCCUCUCAUCAUGGGAGGCAAAGAAGACAGGAAACAACUUCAGAGGAUCGAGUCAAACCUUGCUGAGAUGAGUGGCAGUGUGACACAGACAGUGACUCAGUUACAGACAACCUUAGCAGCUGUCCAGGAGCUGCUGAUCCAGCAGCAACAGAAAAUCCAAGAGCUCACCCAGGAACUGGCUGCUUCUAAGGCCACAACUUCCACCAAUUGGAUUCUGGAGUCGCAGAAUAUUAAUGAAUUGAAAUCUGAGAUCUACUCUUUAAAAGGACUUCUCCUGAACCGGAGGCAGUUCCCUCCCUCCCCUUCAGCUCCCAAGAUCCCGUCGUGGCAGAUCCCGGUGAAGCCCAGCUCGCCCUCCAACCCUGUCGUUGCCAACCACAACAGCAGCAGCGACAUCUCCCCCGUCAGCAACGAGUCCACCACGUCCUCCCCCGUGAAGGAGAACCACAGCCCCGAGGGCUCCAAGGUCAGCUGCCACCUGCUCAGCCCCGAGGAGGCCACCAAGGCCAUCGACGUCACCAGCCAGGUGCGCAUGGAGGUGCAGGGGGAGGAGGAGAAGCGGGAAACCAAAGGGAACGACGAGGAGGAAGAGGACGAUGAGGAUGAUGAUGUUAGCCAUGUGGAUGAGGAGGAAUGUCUGGGUGUGCAGACUGAGGACCGGCGAGGAGGGGAUGGGCAGAUUAAUGAGCAGGUGGAAAAGCUACGGAGACCUGAGGGGGCCAGCAACGAGAACGAGAUUGACUAA